AUGGCGGACCCUGUAAGAAACAUCAUUAUCAAACUUGGAAGCAAGACACACUCUCCGGAGGUGGCCCUUAACCACAUUCAGACGCUGCUGCAGUUUGCUAUGAAGAAGAAGCUCAAACUUGAUCCUCUGCUUCGCGACGAGAUUUUAGUAACUGUGAUGACCUAUUACCCAGAGUUUUAUGCAGAAUGGUCUGAAGAUGAUGCGACUGAACUGCUUAUGAUGGUUUCUGAAGCCAGUGAUGAAGUUUCUCCAGUAUAUAUUCCAGAACCCUCGGAUGGAAAUCGGGCCAGGGCAUUCCUUCAAUACUUUGCACAUCGAGCCCUAGAAUUGGUUGAGGCCUCUCGACGGCAAGCGGAGGCGCAUCCUCUGUAUCUCGAAGCUGCUCAGAAAGAGGCAAAACACAGACAGGAGAUCCUCCGAAACAGGUCAAACAAUUCUGAAACUCCUAUUGAAAUUUCACCAGAUAAACCUGAUGUCUCUGCUACCCCAUCUUAUGUGCCUGUUAUUUCUGAAAAUUUAACUGCUUUGGAUUCCGAGAAGCCUCUUGUGAAUGUUGAUUCUUUAUCUCUGCCUUUGAGUGAAUCUGUUGGUGUGAAAACUGAUGACUUGCAUGUGUCUGAUGAGAAAGCAAAGUCCUCUGAUGAGCUAAAUCCACUGAGUUUAGUCGUUUACUCUUUUGAUAAUAUUGCUCUGCCUCCUGCUGAGAAUGUUGAUGACACUAAAGAAACUUGCUCUGCUGUUGAUACUCCUGUUUUACCUGCUACUGUUGAAACUGUUGAUUUAUCAACCCCCCACAAGUCUGAGAAAACAGGUGGAAUUCCUGUUUACACUGCAACAUCUUUAGGAGAGAGUCUGGAACAUGUGCGACACUUUGCUGGGCUACCAUCUGCUUCAAUCCCUCAACCAUAUCGAGUGAUUCAUCCUUCCGAAUCCUCCAGCGAAGAUGAUAAAAUACUGGCUGAAGUGUAUGGAUCUCAAGCACUUCCAUCCGAUGUUCCAACUGUUGAGGCAACUGCUCAUCCUGACUCCACGAAUUCCAAAAUUCGAGAGAUUUCGAAUAUUAUUGGAAGCUCGUCUGCAAAUGUUUCUGAUUCUAGCCACUCUCCUGAGAAGAAGAGAAAGUCGAGUGAGACUGUUAAGCCUGAAGGAAACCCGCCUAUUCAACAAGUGUUCAAGACUCUGCGAUCGUCUGUUAAACAAAAAGGAUCUACUGCUGUUCAAGCUACCUCUGUACCAUCCCCUUCUGUCAGAAAAGGGAAGCCAUCUACACGAUCAAGAGGCCAAAUGGGCCACUAUGGUUAUAAGGGACUUAUUGUUCAAAGAUCGGUGGAUGAGAACCAGCUGAACUCCGUUUGUGACAUUCUGCCCUUGCUGAAUGAAGUCGGAUUGUUAAAAACUGUCACGGACAUCUGCCCUUACUCUAAGCUGCUCACAUAUGAAUUCUAUUGCAAUCUCAAUGAUGAGAUUGACAUUCUCACAGGGCCACGACCGAUGCAGAUCUUUAUCAGAGGAAGGUGGUAUGUUUUUGGGCCGGAUAUGAUUAAUGAAUACUAUGGCUUGCCAGCUGUUCAAGAAGAAGCUGUUAUUGACUGGGACUUAGUUGCCAGAACUUUGACUGGUGGGCAGACAGAAGCAUGGCCUACAGGUGACAAGGACUAUCUGCAAAGCUCUCAUCUCACGUCCAGAUAUGUGAUUUUACACCGCCUUGCUCUUCACAACUGGCUCCCAUCAGCCCAUUUCCACACCGUUGGCAAGCUUCUGGCAGGGUUCUUAUUUCGAAUUGGAACAAAGAUGCAACUUGAUCUGGGCAAAUGGAUUUACUAUCACAUCCUCACCCUGAUUCAUCCACGCGAACAGAAGGUAAGACUACCCUUUCCAAAUCUGAUUUAUGGCAUCCUUACCACUCAGGGUCUUGAGCAUAUGCCAGUGAAAGAUCACAUUCGGGAUGUUGUUCCUGUGACUGCCCCAUCCAAUUCUGAACAUGAUGCUGUGCCUGAUGACUCACCUCAUGCUAAGGAUGUUCAGCUUUCCAUACAGUUGAAGGCAAGAGUUGCUGAUCUUGAGACGGUGCACAGCAUUAUUGCAAAGCAACUGACAGGGGCCCGCACUGAGUUAGCUACUGUUCUUCUUCGUUUGAGCCUGAUUGAAGGUACUGCUGCUGCUGAUCCUGUGAAGUCUGACAGUGACUCUCCCUCUAAUGCUUGA